UGCCACUGCGAGAGCGCUGAGUUUGACAAGAGUAUAAUAACCGCAGAACUUCACACAAGUUUGUCCGUUACACCUUAAGCAGUGUUUUAAAGACAGAUAGUAGCCUUUUUUUACUUUGAGGAACCUAAGCUGUCACUUUCAGGCAAUCAUGGAGCGCCCCAAACAGAAACAAGUGAAUCAAAGUGAAAAUGAAACGGAUGCCGCGAUUAAUGGACACUUUGACGGCCGGGUGAAGAUGCCCGGAUGGAGAGCCGGUGGUGCCGCCGGGGACCCGAGCACCGUGCCGUCCUCCAGCGUGAUGGAGAGCUGGCGGGAAGAGCGCACUCGCAGUCUGGAAGACAACGAAAUGAGCCUGCCGAGCAUCGCCGCGGCUUACACCACUAUUCUCAGGGGUCUCGGGGAAGAUCCGCAGCGGCAGGGGCUCCUCAAAACUCCGUGGAGAGCCGCCACCGCCAUGCAGUUCUUCACCAAGGGUUAUCAGGAAAAAAUCAUCGAUGUCCUGAAUGACGCAAUCUUUGAUGAAGACCAUGAUGAGAUGGUGAUCGUGAAGGAUAUUGACAUGUUUUCCAUGUGUGAACACCAUUUAGUUCCCAUUUUUGGCAGGGUGCAUAUAGGUUACCUUCCAAACAAGAGGGUUCUUGGUCUGAGUAAAUUAGCACGGAUUGUUGAGAUAUACAGCAGGAGAUUGCAAGUUCAAGAGCGUCUAACUAAACAGAUUGCUGUCGCCAUCACUGAAGCUCUACAGCCUGCUGGUGUCGGAGUGGUCGUUGAAGCCACUCACAUGUGUAUGGUUAUGCGAGGCGUCCAGAAGAUGAACAGCAAGACUGUGACCAGCACCAUGCUGGGCGUUUUCCGCGAGGACCCCAAGACACGAGACGAGUUCCUGACCCUGAUCCGGAGCUGAGAGAGUCAGUGUUUCGCUCUCCACUGCCAAAACACUCUGACCAGCCCUCUUCUCAAACGCCUCCCUGGAUCGAAGGAAUCCUCUCUGGUUCUGCCUCCGGACGAGGCACUGCUGCUGUGUAACAUAGCGUCCCAACCGCCUCUGGGGAGGUUACCUCGGUAACACCAUCUCUUCUGUAUUGCGUGUGUGUGUGUGUAUUGAGGUUUUGUGCAUGUUUAGUCAGUAGAACUGUGGGAGCCUCUGUUGAUGGGACUGUGGCUGUUGCUGUUAUAUGGAAGCAUUGUGUUAUGAAGGACGUCUUAGAUUAGCACAAUUUAACCUCUCUAAACUAACAAGCACCAAACCCACCAAAAUUUGUUUACAUCUCUUUCUGGUUGGGUCACAUUUGCGCUCUAUUAAACGCAACAAAGCAGUUUUAUUUUCACGCUUUUGAACUGGGAGGUACGUGUCAUUCUGAAUACUCAAUUUUACUGUUAUAAAAAGUACUGUCGAGGUACCAUGGUACAGUAAUGGUAAUGAAAAUCACCAUGGUACUAAAUGAUUACCAAUAUUCAUAUUCCUUGUUAUUUACAAGGUACUUUAAAGAUUAUUAUGGUAUUAUAAUGGUACAUGUCCAAAAAAUAAAAAAUAAAACUCAUAGUAUUACAAUA